GUGCUGGUAAACAUGGCGCUGAGCAGAGAGCCCGCUGCUGCUGCUGCUGCUGCGAACAGCCUGGAUUCAGCCGUUAAACAGAUCCAGAUAGAGGGGCUGGUGGUGUUGAAGAUCAUCAAACACUACCAGGAGGAGGGCCAGGGCAGUGAGGUGGUACAGGGUGUCCUGCUGGGUCUGGUAGUAGACGACCGAUUGGAGAUCACAAACUGUUUCCCGUUCCCGCAGCACACUGAGGACGAUGCUGACUUCGAUGAGGUUCAUUAUCAGAUGGAGAUGAUGAGGAGCCUUCGCCAUGUGAACAUCGAUCAUCUGCAUGUGGGCUGGUAUCAGUCUACCUUCUAUGGUUCUUUCGUGAGCCGAGCACUUCUGGACUCUCAGUUCAGCUACCAGCAUGCCAUUGAGGAGUCUGUGGUGCUCGUCUAUGACCCCAUUAAAACAGCUCAGGGCUCCCUGUCCCUCAAAGCCUACAGACUGACCCCCAAACUUAUGGAGAUCUGCAAAGAGAAGGACUUCUCAUCUGAAGGGUUAAAGAAGGCCAACGUGGGGUUUGAGAGCAUGUUUGAGGAGGUGCCCAUAGUCAUAAGGAACUCUCACCUUAUCAGUGUGUUUCUGUGGGAGCUGGAGGACAAGUCUACUGUUGCAGAGAAACAUGAGCUGCUCGGCCUCUCCAGCGGUUCUUAUCUAGAGAAGAGCCUGCAGAUGUUAAUGGACCGAGUGGAUGAUAUGAGCCAGGACAUCGUCAAAUACAACAACUACAGCCGCAGCCUGAGCAAACAGCAGCAGCAGAAACACCAGUACAUCCAGAGGCGUCAGCAGGAGAACGCUCAGAGGCAGAGUCGAGGAGAGCCGCCGCUGCCGGAAGAAGACCUGUCCAAACUCUUCAAACCUCCUCAGGCUCCCCCACGCAUGGACACUCUGCUCAUCGCUGGGCAAAUUAACACAUACUGCCAGACAGUGAAAGAGUUCACCGCUCAGAACUUGGGGAAGCUCUUCAUGGCAGAGGCUCUCCAAGGCCAUGGCAGCUAAAGGACAGGAGACAGGCCUGGCUCUCCUGGGGCGACUCCUGUAAUUGCUUAAGAGUAGCGUUUUCCUCUAGCCACCAAUGGAUGAAGAGUUAGAUUUUGUUUUAUCAUUUUAUUGCAUUGAAGAUUUUGAAGAUUUGAAGGAUCAUUUUAGAAGAAAGAGCUAUAAUACCCAAUAAUAAGAGUUGCUGCACAGAUAUUUGUAGAUAUAUGUACAGAUCAGUACAUUUGCAUCCUGAUAUGCAUCUAUAGUUUUACCAUUUACACUCUUUGUCCACUCUUUUAUCAUCUUCAGUUACACUAUUGGAUCACUUAGUAUUUGUAUAACUACAGACUGUAUACAGUCUGUUUCUCCUCCACAGAGCAGGUAUUAUUUGGGUGGUGAGUUAUUCUCAGCACAGCAGUGCUGCUGGAGUUUUAAACAGAUCAGUGUUACUGCUGAACUGAGAAUAGCAUCCUGUGGGCACUGAUAAAGAACUAGAGGGUGAACAACAGAAAGAGCUUUCUGUCUCUGACUUUUAUUUUUGUGUACAAGGCAGAAAGUGGAGGACAGUGAGUAAUUAAACACAGUGUUUAAAAACUCCAGCAGCACUGCUGUGUCUGAUCCACCCAUACCAGCACAACACACACUAACACCUCAUACACCCCUACAAUGUGAAUCAGUGUCUCGAAUCACCACUUAAAAUAGCACUCCGGUGUAAAAUGGACUUUUGGUGUAGUAAAACAUGAUAAAAAAUUUAACAGUGUGUCCAAACACUCUUCAGACUGGGUGACGCGGGGCAAUAUUUGCCCUGAUAAAUCACUUUUUCCACUGUUAUCCAGCUCAAAGUAGCUCCACGCCACCUUGUUAGAGUCCUGAGAGCUCUUAUACCUUAUUAAAAACCUCUGUUUACAUCCCAUAAUGCUAAGGUUCUUGUGCACUUUUUAAGUUAUUAAUGCCUUGUUUUAAAUCUGAAGGGUGUUUGGACAAACUGUUAAAAUGUCUGGAUCUCAGAACGCUGUGGGAGAGCGGAGGUGUGCUGUUCAUCAAAGGUAAGUACUUUUUGUCAUGGUUUACUAAACCAAAAGUCCAUUUUACACCAGAGUUCUCCUUCAAUUAAUAAUAGCUGUAUUUCUGUGGGGUCCGGUCCAUUGAAAAACGGGGUUUAAGGAGGAAAAAAUAGUAUGCAGUAUGCAGAGAAACAGACACAGAACUACAGUCUGUAAUUAUAGAACUACUUCAGAGGAGCUGAUAAGUUGGACAGUAAGUUUUGAAACAGAAAUGUGGUCGUAGUAUUCUCAUAUGACUGUGUAUAUUGCUUUUAUUUAUUACAAUAAACCAUGUAUUAGCAGUAUUAUACAAUAUCAGUCGCUGUUACUUUCAUUAGGAUUUCUAAUGGGAUGCUGAAGGUUUGAUAAUUAAAUGGAUUUUGCCCACCUUU